AUCGCUCGCGGUUGUUGGCUAUUCGAAAAGUGGAAAACAUUCACGCUGCAGGAUUGCGUUCACAAACCUCCGAAGAAUAAACAGUGGAACAGCACCAACCAUCAGAGUACCACUACAACAGUCGUCGGUCUUAUACGUUACGUACCUUCACCGACUAUUCGCGUGGAGCUUACGGCCAGAGCAGAGUGUGGUGUCGUUGUUGUUCCGUCCUCUGGCACUUCUUCGUACUUUUUAGGCCAGUGUUGUGAUAUAUAUAUACAGCGAAAGAAGCACAAGCUGAUUACAUAGAAAGAAUGCGCACUAUUGGACCCGCGACCGUCUUUUCCUCGGUCUCAGGCCACGAGCUUUCGGCAACCUGACGACGACGUGGUGACCGCCUGGUCAGGUGUAUCAUCAACUUCAUCAUUACCAUCUACUUCCAUGGCCUGCUGUAUGCUCAGCUAGCCAUUAGAAGUGCCGUUUUACGUUUUCUUAUUAGCGAUUUGUAUACUUGUUCUAUGUACUUAUAAAGUAUCUUCGGUUUUUGUUUGUGUGUUUCUCUAACUGUUUGUUGUUGUUAAAAUCUCUACAUUAUGAAGUGGACCAAGAUGAAUUUACGUUUCGUUUAUGUGUUUGUUGUACUCUUCUUAUGUUGUGUCUUUUGUACUGGUAGUUUUAUUGAGAUUCCUGAAUGUACGGGAAAAGAAGGAUGCCUCAUUCCAACCAAAAAUCUAACAGAUCCCGAUUUCGAAGGGAUGAUAAUUUAUGGAACGGAAAAGCCUGUACCACCCCCAGAAGCAUUAAGUAUGCUUUCCGAAGAUGAAAACCACGAAGUUGAAUACGCACCCACCGAUCCUACGAUGAUGUCGACUUCGACGUCCGGUAACGUCUCCGACGAACCGAAAGGUAGGGCUUUGAAUUUCUCCGUCGAACCAGGGCAAGAUAACAAAAUUUCCAAGUCGACGACCAGCGGAAAGGUGAAAGAUCUUAGCGACGUCAGUAUGGAUGAUGAAGAGGAAGAAGGUGACCAGGAGAAAGUAACUGUCAGUUCACUUGAAAGGAAUAUGACCAGGCUCGGUAUCUGUAUGCUGGGUGGAUUAACGUAUGAAAAUGGCGAAAAAUUAGAACACGCCUGUGACUCAGUUUGUACCUGUGCUAAUGGGAAAAUGGAUUGCGUUGAUAGAUGUGUGCAUCCUUAUGUGAAAAAGGGGUCGAAACCAACGGAUCCGCUGUGUACGGAAAAAUCCAGCGACGAUCCUUGCUGCAGCACAUGGUUUUGUGCUUCUGAUAUAGAAACGGAACCUUUCGAGAUGUGUACUUACAAAAACAAAACCUACCAGAGAUCUGAAAAGUUCGAAGAUGGUUGCCAAUCAGUGUGCCAUUGUGAAGCUGCUGGAAAAGUCACUUGUAGACCUAGAUGUCCGGAAAUGGAACACAAAACCACUGAUCGUUGCGUAGAAGUUCCUGACCAAUCAGAUCCUUGCUGUAAAAAGCUCCUCUGCGAUGUCACUCUAGAUGAUAACGAAUCAGAGAAAGAUGACAAAUUUCACCCCAAAAUACUAACGGCAUCCCUCGUAAACAAGACGGCCAUCAGAAUUAAAUUCAAUUCUAUCGUAGAUGAAAACAAUCUUCCGGAAGUACAACUUAGUACUGACAAGAUGUCUUGGAAAACAUAUAAAUUAAAACCUGAAGGACUCCUAUCAGGAUUCCAAGAAGAUCCCAAAUAUGUUAAGAUACACGGCUCCAGUGAAAUUGUUGAAAUAACGAAAACAGAGAACAGCGAAGAUGCCGAAGCAAGUGGAGGUCACCAAUCGUGCGAAUAUAAAGGAAAAAUGUACAAAUUAAACGAAGAAUUCAACGACAACUGCACAUCUUUUUGCGUGUGCAAAAAUUCUGGUGUACAUUGCUUGAAAAUUGAAUGUCCGACAUACUUUGGAGUAGACGUUUUGGAUCCUACUUGCGUAGAAUGGCAAACUGUUCCUGAGGACUUCGUACCAUCACCGCCAAACUGUUGUCCAAAAGAAGUUAGAUGCAAAAACAACGGAUCAUGUUCAUACGCUGGUGAAAUUUACACUAAUUGGCAAGAAAUUCCGUCUAACGUAACAGGUUGUGAAAAGAAGUGUUACUGCGAGAUGGGAAAAAUCGAAUGCCAGAAUAUAUGUCCACCAGUAACAGCUUUUCCUCCAGCUAACAUUGGUUGCCCUCAACAUGAAGCAACCUUAAGCCAUUUAGCAGGUGACGAUUGCUGUAUGUAUUGGAUUUGUAAUUCUACAACGACCAACAGCGUUUUUACAGGACCUGAAGGCGAUAAAGAGAACGCAACCAAAGGAGUUGCAACGGAUUCUACUUUUGGAGGACCAGUUAAUAUCUGGCCUGCAAAACAACCCUCGAAAACAUCCGGACCCCUCCUUAUCUAUGCCAAUAAAAACACAGACAAAGACCCCGUAUUCGGUAUUCACGUGCCUAAUAUUAAAAAAGAAGAAAACUAUUAUUUUGAGAAAAACUCCUCACACAAAAACCCCAACAAUAUCACAAAACCGUUUACCAAAAACACAUCAACGUUUCUUGGGCCGUUUAGUCCAAAUUAUAAAACCGACGUCAGUAAUACGAAACAAACCAAAGUUUCUGGCGGUAAAUAUAAUAAACCUGGUAAAGAUUCAGGCGCAGAUGUAAACGAAUCUAAGACAAAACGCCCGCCUUUUGAUAACACCAAGUAUUCGAAAGUUCCAAAACACCCUUCCACGAAUCAAACAGAAUUUUAUGCGACCGAACAAUAUCCUCAAAUACCUCACGCAUCCGGUCAAUCAGAUGAAAUUUUGCAAAUAAUAAAUCAGCACCCCGAAUUAGCUAACUAUCCGCCGGGGUCCGUGUUCGAAAUUCACAGCGUACCAGUCGAUCCGUCGCAGAAACCCAAUCGUCCACAAUACGCUAAUCCAAACAUACUCGUACCAUCCACUAACGACCAUCCUCUUGUACCGUUCGUAAUCAAUCAAAAUCCACAAGUCGUACCAAGCCAUGGUAUCGAUCUUGAUCAACUCUUGCAGCACAUUCACAGAGCACCUACGCAACCAAACUACAUCCAAUAUCCCACUCAUUCAUCCAAUGGCAUUAUCAUUCCAAACGGACAAAAUUUACCCAUUCCAUCUCAACUUAACAAAACGAUAUCAGGUGGCCAGAUAUUUUCAGGAUUCCCAAACAUACCACCUAACGGUAUGCAUCGCAACCAAGACGAAAUUGUGGUCCAUUCGGUCGAAGCUGUAGACGCCCAUACCAUUCGAUUAGAAUUUUCAGUACCACCCAUCAUUGUAGGUUUACAUGGCCAAGUUGAAGUGCGCUAUACAUCAAAAUUAAGUGACCAACUAGAUGACUGGAAUCUUCAAGUAUUUACUCCCCCUGACGAGUACAUUUCAACGCCACAAAUGGAAUUCGAUCUUCUUGGGCUUGAAGCUGACACAGAGUACAAGAUCAAAAUCACGGUAAUCCUUCGGGGUCUUCAUAACACUCCUACCAGUGAGGUAUAUAAUGUCCGCACACCAAAAGAAACAGGAGCAUCUCUCCCACCAAUGAUUCCCAUAGACCCUAAACUUGAAAUAACAGACGUAAAUUCCACAUGGGUUACCGUAAUCUGGCGCAAAUUUGCUGACCAAGAGUUGCAACUCAUCGAUGGUAUUCAACUCAGAUACAAAGAGAUCGAUGGCAAAAUAUACCAAGCAACCCCUCUCAUACAUAGGAUGGUCACUACCUACACUUUAGAUCAUCUAAAACCCAAUACCAAAUAUGAAGUGGGGAUAUUUUUCAUCCCAUUUGAAGGUCAGACGUCUGAACUCCACUACGAGCAUAUGUUACAUUUUACAACAGCAAAUGAAGUUGAUACGUAUGGUUUUAAUGUGACUCUGGAAAUUACGAAUAUUAAAGCUACCAGUGUUGAAAUAACGUGGUAUGGAGUGCCGUAUCCCCAAGAUAAGUACGUUAACAUUUACAGAGCAAUUUAUCAAACUCCUUCGGGAAAAGGGGACUUUAGCACGUUUAAAAUUGCCAAACGGGACUCAACACCCAAAACCAUUAUCAAAGACCUUAACCCAAGAACCAAAUACAGGCUGUGGUUGGAAGUUUAUUUGACUAAUGGAAAAAUCAAGACGAGUAACGUGAAGGAUUUCACAACCAAAUCCAGUCCAUAUCCGCCUAAACCGUCUCAAAUCGUAGCGGGAGAAUUAUUCGAUGCGGAAAUGUCGAAACAAAACAAAAGCGACUAUUAUGGUGCUUUAGUGGUGGUUGCAAUCAUAGCAGCCCUGGCUAUCGUUAGUACGGUGGUGCUAUUGAUGGUGUUGUUCAAGAGACACAGUCAGAAGAAGGCUGCGAUUACAGCCCCCUCGCAGAGGGUGAGUCAAUCGGCGUAUGACAAUCCCACGUACAAGGUAGAAAUACAACAAGAAACGAUGGGUAUGUCAACAAUCAAAUAAAAGUAAAACGAAAGAAAAUGUGUGCGGAAACACUAACACUGAAGUUGUUUCAGACUUAUGAGACCUGUAGUAUAUUUAAGGACAUGAAAACUGUAUAUAGUACGAAUAUGAUUAAAUAAUUAAUUAAUGUUAAGUUUAUUCAUAACAUGCCUACAGAUAGUUUGUAACAGUAUUGUAACAUAGUUAUAUUAUAAGUGGAAAUUGCUGUAACUUGUAAUAAAU